AUGUUUCGUUAUUCGACAGUCAUCACAAACACUUCUCCAGAAAAUAGCUUUCCUGAAGAAAUAGAGAAGUCGAUAUCAACUCCUAAUAUUCUGCAACAGAAAGAAAAAGACGAAAGAUUUUACGGUUUUUCAGACACUGUUUCAGAGCCAGAUCGUUUUAGAGAAUCUGCAGAGCCAGAAUUUGUCAAGAGUCCAUUCAAGUUAAGACGCAAGGGAUCCAAGACAUCGAGGCGUGCUAAAAACAUGGAGGCUUCCGACCCACCUACUCCGAAUGUUUCGGAUACUUCGUUAGUACCAGAACGAGCCGCGCCAACUGUUGGGGAAAUGCUGGAGCGACCAGUUGCUUUGUCUGCGCGUUUAAGGUAAGAUAGCUUCAUCAUUCGAGAAAUGAAUGUAAUAGAAUCUCAAAUAUGUCGCAGUGUUUUGGUCAGCACGUCAGCGUUUCCGUUAAAUAAAAAUUUAUCAGUACGUGAGAUGCGAUUUUGUUCUUCUGAUGGAUGUUAACGAGUUGAUGAGUUACUUUAUAAAUGUACAUAUACUCACAACAUUCAUAAUUCAUGUAUCUACUCGUUCGCAUGCAUCAGAAGAAGAAUAUCGCAUGCACUAGAAACCAUAGCAAGAAUUCAAUUGUAAAGAACCUUAAUAAAGGUUGGUGUUGGUGGCACAGUGGUUUCUGCAUGUGCCGUUCUCUCCUGCAAUAGGAAUUCGAUUCUUGCAAUGUUAAGUUUUUCUUCCACCUUUGUCUUUGAUUGGUUCCAGUUCUAUUCUAUUAAACGCCUCAGUAUUCCUUACUCUUUUAGUAAUUAAAAACACUGUAUAGUACAACUGAUGAUAUAGUUUUAUUGCGCUUGUGCAUCAACAAAAUGCCAUAUACCGUAUAUAACUUCUGCAAGUUCGAAAAAAGUUUGACUGACGUAAUAUAUACCGGAAUUGAUGCAUGCAUGCAUCAAUACAGACACUUUAUUCAACUUUAUUAAUUUAGCAUUAAAAGCAGACAAAAGAUAAUAUCAGCAUUAGAUUCGACGUUCUAUAUAUUCUACGAGCCUCCUAAAACUACAAAUUCGAUUCUUUGUCAAGGGAGCACCUUCAAAACCUAAGCAUCACUGGGGAGUCAGAUCAUCCAUUUGCCAUUUCAUUUGAAGAUGUCGCGGCAGCAGCUUUCAGAAUCCGCAAAGGAAUUGUGAAGACACCCUGUGAGGUACGACCAUGCAUGUUGGUUACUCUACCUACUAUCUAGCCAAGUACUUCGAUGCUUUUAUACAAGGGAAGGAUGGAGCUUUUAAACAAUAUUUCUUGUUUUAGAAAACAAGCAUUCCAGAACUUGACGACAUGGAAUUGCAUUUUAAGAAAGAGUUUGCACAUGUGACAGGAAGGUAGUUCAAGAUUUAGUUUUGCACUUUCGCAAAAACUGAAUCAUUUUAUUUUGUAACCUAAACUCUUUGUAACACUGUUGCAUGCAAGAAAUGUUUCAACGGUAUAUAUUUCUUUGUGCAGUUUUAAAGAACGAGGCGCAAGGAACACGCUGCUUCUUCUAACGGAGGUGAGUUCCAUAGAACAAAGCUUAUUGAGUGUCCAUCAUUCCUUGGUAGCACUUUAACGGCUUGCCUUAAUAGGAUUGUAUUAUCCGAAAUCCUCCUCUAAUCCGUAUUUACAUUUUUCAUCUCAUCAUAAUUGUAUGAUAGGAACAAAAAGAAAAAGGAGUAAUUGCUGCAUCAGCUGGUAACCAUGCUCUUGCUUUAGCAUAUCAUGGUCAGGCAUUGAAUAUUCCUGUGACAGUAGUAAUGCCAGAGAAUUGUACAAUUGUUAAAGAAAUGAAAUGUCGUGGUUAUGGAGCAAAGGUUUUAAAUAAAGGACACAAUUUAGCUGAGGUUAGUUGAAGUACUCACCUAUACUUGCACAUAUACACAUAUAACACUCGCAUGUUUAUACUCGAAUAUUUGGAAUGGGGAAUUCUUUCACAUUUUGUUUUCGAAAUAUGGGAUUGUUUGUUAGCUGCUGAACGGGAUGAGCAAUUUUUCAAAACGUGAUGUAGAAUACAAAAUGUUCAAUUCUAACAAGUUAAUAAAGAAUUUCAUAUAUUUUCCAACGUCGAUUGUUGCGGGAUUUUGCUCUUACUAGGAUUUUCCAGAAUUUUUAAAAAAUAAACUUAAACCUCAUCCCUAAUAUACUUAUAUACUUAUACAUUUAAAUCUCAUCCCCCAAUAUAUACAAUUCACCACUUAAAUCACUUUACAUGCUAAAUAGCUAAAUUGCUAAUUUACAGUGUCUACAGUUGGACAAAAUAAAGAUAUAUCACAAUUAACAAAGCAAUAGAAAAUGUAAUUUACAUGAUCAAGUGAACAGCUAUAAUAAUAUCACAGUAGUAAAAUCUAUUUUGACAUAGUAACGGUAGUCCAGGCCAUUUUACAUGAAAAUGAAAAGUUUGAGCUAGCUAGAAAUACCCUAUACCAGGAUUGUGCAUGUGAGCUAAAUAAUAUUAUAAAAGUAACUUUAACUAAGAACAGUAAGGACAUAGAAAUCAUAAAUGAUUCGUGUCAAUUUUUUUAAAAAUCAGGCUAAGGAUUUUGCAGUGAAACUUGCAAGAGAAGAUGGGUUGAUGUAUGUGAAUGGGUAAGUAAUUGAUACUCUUGGAAAAAAACCCAUAAUGUUUCGCUUCCAUGAUGAUGCGACUGACCCGUCUUCGUGUGGUUUGAUAUUCUAAUUCCAGGAAAACUGCACUUUCCUACUUUAUUGUUUUAAAUUUGUUGUUAUCUUUCAAGGUAUGAUCAUCCUCAUAUUCUGGCUGGUCAAGGAACAAUUGGACUGGAAAUUCUUGAACAAGUUGACGAUGUUGAUGCAAUUAUCGUUCCUGUUGGUGGCGGAGGAUUGAUAGCAGGAAUUGCAGUCGCAAUAAAGAGUUUAUAUCCACGUUGCCAAAUCAUUGUGAGUGAUUUGUAUGAGGAAAUAGUUUAUAAACUUAACCUUACCUUGACUGAAAAUCAACAUGAAUAUAGGUAGCCUGAAAAAUUUACCUCAGCCGGACAAUUAUUUUUAGUGUCGAGUGAAUAUCGGGCAAAUAAACUGGUUUGCUGAUAAUCUCAUCUUAAGUCAAAAUGGUAAAGGCUUAAUCUUAUCUUAAGUCAAAAUGGUAAAGGCUUAAAUAUGUCCUGGCAGAUGUUGUUUAGGAGAAUCUAAUUAGGUGAUACGGUAUUAUUUGCUGCUGCUCCCAUAACUGCUAUGGUGCGUACGUGAAUUUGAAGUCGACAACUUUGUGUCGAUCCAAAUGAAAUCAAAUCAUAUAUAUUUGUGCAGUGAAUGAAAUUCUAAUAUAAUAAUAUUUAAUUUUAGGGAGUUGAAUCUGAAAUGUGCCCAAGUUUCAAAGCAGCUUUAGAUGCUGGUAGACCAGUCAAAAUCGACGCUCACCACGCAUUAACACUAGCGGAUGGUAAGAACAGCGAAAAUUAGGAUCAACUGCAAAAAAACUAAAAAGGCGUACUAUAUACGAACAUUUUAAUGUCUGCACGGCAUACGUAACAAACGUUUUGGUGUUCUUUUUUCUGGAUAGAGGGGUAAGGUGCUUGCUGUCGUGGCAAAUUUUGAAAUGUCAACGUUUUUAAAACCACCCACGGAGAAUGGUCAAUUCCAGCUGUAGACUAAUUUUUUAUAUAUCUAGGCAAGAAGAACAAAAUCCUUUACCACAGCUAGAAAGAGCAUGCUAAAUUAGUAGAGCUUCAAAGUUUGGCGGCGAAAUAUUGUAAAAUGAGGAAAAUAUAGCCCUGCGAAAUUUGAAAAUUUUGUAUUAAUUUGUAUUACGCACGGGAAAAUGCACCACAUUUACAAAUUAUAAUUAAUACAAAAUUUGCAAAUUUUGCAGGGCUAUAUUUUCCCCAUUUUACAACAUUUCGCAACCAAACUUUGCAAUUUUGCUACUUUUAACAUGUUCUUUCUAGCUGUUGUGAUGGAUUUUGUUCUUCUUGCCCAGAUUAAAAUUUAGUCUAUAGCUGGAAUAGCCCAUUAAGAAUGAUGAAUGCAACUAACCUUUACAUUUGGAGAGGCUCAGCCUUAUCUAUUUUCCAUAUUUUAAAUUUCAAAGUUUUGGAGUCAUGAUGCUUGUAGAGUAUAAUUAUAUUCCACGAGCGAACGCGCCUGUGAACCAACAUGGCAGACUUCAUUCAUCAUAUUGGUCUUUACCAUGUCGGAUUGAGCGUGGAAUCACAAUGGACAUAAGUUACCGCUUUAUCAGUAACGGCCGAAUCAUGCAAAUAAUCUCUCUUCUGUUCAUUGUUGUAGGGUUGUGCGUGCCGAAAGUUGGUAAAAAUGCUUUCGAAAUUGCUAAGAACUACGUCGACAAGACAGUAAUUGUGAGGUAUCUGACAAACAUUUCGCAGUGUCAUUAACAAAGAAAACUGUAAAAUAAAAUUUUACAAACUUUUUUAUUAUUUCCAUAGUGAAAAUUACAUUGGAAUAGCAGUGCUCAGAUUGAUGGAAUAUGAAAGAGCGAUAGUCGAAGGAGCUGGAGCGUCAGGUCUUGCUGCACUUCUGGCUGGUCUUCUUCCAGAAUUGAAAGGAAAAAGGUAAGAUGGCCGCGAUGUCACUCUUUAUAACUCUCUCGAGCUCUUUCUCUAUAUAUCAAUAUUCUUCGCGAAUCGUACGUGCCAGUUCCGAGCCUUGAAUGAGCUAAGUAAAUUCAGCUGGAGGUGGAAACUGCCAAAACAUAAUUGUUUUGUGCUCUUACCUUUUGACUCUUAGUUUCUUAUAACAUUAAAUUUAGAUGACAUGUCACAAAUUUUUGUAUUGUCCCAUCUGAAAGAAUUGUCAACACAGUAAAGUAACUUCUUUAGCAGUUUUCGUUUACGUUCUUCCUUGGUGAGGUAAUCUCGUUUUCUUGAUCUGCAGUGCAAACAAAUUUACGUCAGACUUUACAUAAGCGAUUAAAUCGUUUGAAAAUUCCCAUGACUUAUGCUGUAAAUAAUGUAAAGCAUGCGUAUGCAGUUUUCUAUAGAUGACGAUCACCGGAUCACGGUUGGAUAAAAACACAUGGGAAGAAGGCGAAGGAGUACAAUAAUGUACUUUGGAGUUUGAAAAUUAUUUCAGAUGGGACAAUAAAAUUUUCAUGUCACUAUUGAUAAAUUUGACAUUCCUAUACACUAUUUUCUCGUCAGUAGAUGAUAAACGUACACUUUGGGAACGUGCACCAUGCGAUAGUAACACCUAGUUUAAAAUCUUGUAUUAUUCAUCCAAAACUUAAUUUUAGUUAAGAAAUCAUUUCUCUUUUCAGAGUUGUAAUUCCCUUGUGUGGAGGAAACAUUGAUCCAACCGUACUUGGUCGUUGUAUUGAAAGAGGGUUAUCUUCUGAAGGACGACUUAUUCGUUUCAUUGUCAAUGUUCAAGACAGACCAGGUGGAAUAGCUGAAUUGGCGCAACUGAUAUCGUCGAUUGGAGUGAGGUAA